AGCAAAUAAGCACAAAAUUUUCCCGCGACAACUAAACGUCAAGAUUUCAAUACCGAUUUCCAGGUGGAGCCGCGAAAUUAAGAGUACAAUUUUGAAAAUUUGAUCCAUCAACAGUUUUCUUUCUCCCAAUAUCACUUCCGCAUCUGAAGAUCUAGCGAUCCAACAUAGCCUUCAUAGUUUUUAGAUUCUACAGAUGCACAGCAUAGAUUUGGGUUCUGAAUAUAGAGAGAGAAAACUAUACUCCUGAACCUGCCUCCACGGCUCCGCCAUUAUCUCUGCCAGAGAAGUCCAGGCCUCCACCACAGCCGGAGCUUACUAGGUAUCAUUGUCAAAGAUUGAAGGAAGUGUGUGGAGUUUGGAUCAGAUGGAGACUGGUGCGCAAGAUGGAUCCUCAGGAUACUCGACAAUGGAUGAUUACGAGUCUUUGAUUUCAACAACAGAUGCAGAACUCUUGAAACGUGCUUGGCAGAACGAGAAGGCUGCCCCACAAAUUCUUCGAUUUGAGGCCGCUCUGAUUCAAAGGUCACGUGAACAAAUUAAAUUGAUGGAAGAGACAGUGGGAGAAUUCACAAGAAAUGGCAUUGAUCCACUCACCGUGUCUCUUUAUCAGAUGGACUUGGACAGGACCAUCUUUCUCUUGAGGUCAUAUCUACGGACUCGUCUUCAAAAGAUUGAGAAGUAUGUGUUUCACAUCCAGAAAACUGCCGAGUUAUGGAAUCGGCUUUCCAGACAGGAGAAAAGGUUUGCUGAAAGGUGUAUAGAAGACAUGGAAAAGCAUUUGGAUCAAUCUGUUCUUUCAAAGUUGCCUAGCAGUUACAAGUCUCAUUUAAAGCAAUCUUCAAGUAGUGAAGAGGAUGACAUGGUUCCUGAGCCACGGCUCGACACUUACGUCAUCUGCAGAAGCAAGAGAUUUUUAGGAGCCUUCCAGCUUGAUGACAGUGCGGAAGAGCCUGUGAACAUUGAAGCUGACGAUCUGUAUGCUUUACCUUACAAGUCAAUAAAGCCUCUUGUGGAGACGGGUCAAAUUGAUCUGGUUUGAGCGUUUGGCAGCUAUUCUAAUGCUUAUUCAGCCUACUAUCGUUCUUAUGUUAUAAGCUAGGUAUGAUGAAAAACAUUCGCAUGUAUUAAUCAAACUUCCAGAUUCUCCUUUUGUUACCUUUGAGUCUAGGACACCUUUCCUCUGUGAAACAGCAAGGCGGAGCUUGAAUUGUAUUCUACAGUUCCAGAUAGGAGUAAAGGUUCUGAAAAUGUUUCUGUUCCUACAGCUUUGGGACGGAAGCAGAAGAGCAUUGAUAUUUAUGGUUCAAUCA